AAGGGGGGAAUAGAGAAGCUGAAGCGUCAAAACAUAAACAGAAAGCGCUGGAGCUUGUGUGGGACUCGUCUGUCUCACGCUGAAACCUUCCGCCCUCAUGUCGUGUGUCCCCCGGGACACUUACCCCAGCAGAGGCCCCUAGCUGAGCCACCGGGCGCUGAGCUGGACACACGAACACCUGCGGGAAAGAUUCAAGGGACGAAAAACUCACAAGUGCGCCUCGUCGGGCCUUCGAGCAGAGGUGCUGCCCCGGGUCGACUCAGGACCAAGGGGACAGGAUGGCCGAGGCUGACGGCAAAUCCACUGCGCUGAACGUAGGUUCCUCUGAGGAAAAGGAACCCGGAGGAGAUCAACACAAGGAGGGAGAUGCCUCUGGAAGCAAUGAAGGACAAACACAGGCUUCUUCUCAAGAUGCUCCCAAGGAAACAGGCGAGGCGUCUGGAGACAAGCCAAUGCCAGGUGGGGAAGGAGAGACAGGCACAAAUGGCGAGGAGGAAGAGGAAGACACAGACAGCAUGGAUGGCAGCGGCCUCUACUCCCUGACCGAGGAUGGUGAACGAGAGAGUGAGGGAGGCAGACAUGAGAGGGCAAAGGACAAAGAUGGUCGUAAAAGGGCAGCAAGAAAGAGGAAUAGACCCGGCGGUGGCAACAACCACUCCUCCAGCUCGGACGAGGAUGACGAAGACGAUGAAGAAGAACACAAGGAUGAUGACGACGAGGAGGAGGAGGAUGAUGAUGAUGAUGAUGAUGAUGAGGAGGCCAUGGAAUCGUGGUUGGGAGCAGAGCUCUGUGAACUUCGUGGGCCUAUUUGGCGGUCUGUGCCCUCACUGCUCUCCAGGGAGAUCGGCAGGGACUCGCACCAGUUUGUGCGGCGUGUGUGUGCAGCCCGAGGCCUGGUGCAGAGGCUGGAGCUGCAGGGUCGCCUGGAGAAGCACACGGGCUGCGUCAACACGCUGCACUUCAACCCCUCGGGCACUCGCCUGGCAUCAGGCAGCGACGAUCUGCGAGUUGUGAUCUGGAACUGGGCCAUCCGCCAUGCUGAGCUGGAGUUUGACAGUGGUCACAAGAGCAAUGUCUUUCAGGCCAAGUUCCUGCCUCACAGCGGAGACUCCACGUUGGCCAUGUGUGCUCGAGACGGUCAGAUCCGAGUUGCGGAGCUGUCUGCCACGCAGCGCUGCAAGAACACCAAGCGGGUGGCCCAGCACAAAGGGGCAGCACACAAGCUGGCCCUCGAGCCAGAUUCGCCCUGCUCCUUCCUGUCUGCCGGAGAGGACGCUGUGGUGUUUGGAAUUGACCUGCGUCUCGACCGACCUGCCAAUAAACUGGCAGUUGUAAAGGAGGGUGAUAAAAAAGUUGGGCUGUACACCAUCUACGUCAACCCAGCAAAGACACAACAAUUUGCUGUGGGCGGGAGAGAUCAAUACGUCAGGAUCUAUGACCAGAGGAAGAUUAAUGAGAACGACAACAAUGGCGUACUGAAAAAGUUUUGUCCUUCACAUUUGGUUUCCAGCGAGUCCAAAACCAACAUAACCUGCCUUGUGUACAGUCACGAUGGCACAGAGCUCCUGGUCAGUUACAACGAUGAGGACAUCUACCUGUUUGACGCCAACCACAGCGACGGGGCCGACUACAUCAGGAAAUACAAGGGACACCGCAACAACGCCACAGUGAAGGGGGUGAACUUCUACGGGCCGAGCAGCGAGUUUGUGGUCAGUGGCAGCGACUGUGGACACAUCUACCUGUGGGACAAGAAUUCUGCACGAAUCGUCCAGUUCAUGGAGGGAGACCGAGGAGGAGUGGUGAACUGUCUGGAGCCUCAUCCCCAUUUGCCUGGUAUGGCCACCAGCGGGUUGGACCACGACAUCAAACUGUGGGCCCCCACGGCCGAAAGUCCCACAGGACUCAAGGGUCUAAAGGAGGUGAUGAAGAAGAACAAGCGGGAGCGCGAUGAAGACAGCGUGCGCCACGGCGACCAGUACGACACCCAGCUGCUGUGGUUCCUCAUGAGACACAUGAGGAACAGACGGCCCACGAGGACUCGUCGUGAGGGCGCAGACCCAGACUCAGACGAGUCCUGGAGCUCUCCAGAUUCUUCUGAUGAAGAGGAGGGCGGUCCAGACCAUGUCCAGUGCAUGUCCUCCUGAGCCACACACACACACAUACAGACACACACACACACACACAUAUUCUUUAUUGCCCUUGAAUUGAUGCACAAAGGCAAGCACUAUUGACACACUGGCACACUCAAACACUGACGAGCCACAGAGCCACAGACUUUGGGUGUUUUUGUUUUACACACUCUCACACAGACAAACAUUUACAUUUACCUAAAUAUGCCGUCGAAGCAGUGACAGAUGUGUUGACGCCUGGUUUCCCAGCAGUGCAGAGUGUGCACCCAGCGACCUGGGUCUGCCUGCACACCUCCUGAAUCCCGAUUAUUGAGAAUUGUAACGAAGAGGUUUAGAGAUUGCUCACGUCCCUAUAAACCACUCGGAGGCCCCGGCUUGUCCAUACAUCAUCAAUCUGCUCCUGUCAGCCCCAGAUCUAUGUCACCGUGCGUGUUUGGCAACAAGCACCUCGGACUUCACGCACCUGCUAGUAAGCCACACAUCACCAGCACACAAUCCCUCCUCUCUUAGGCCUUUCCUUUGCUUUCAGUGUAGACGAUGAAGAGGGAUUCUGCAGAGAGGAAGAGUGUAGGCUCGCACCCUCAAACCAUCCCCGAAAUGUGACUUCCUUUAACGUUUGAACUUUGAGAGAGUGAACCCCCCCCCCCCCCCGGUGGCCCUCACUGCAGCGCCCCAGACUCAAACUGGUUUCUGGCCUGGAGCUUGGAGCAGUUAAUCACAUAUGUCCCACGUUUGCUCCCAGAGGACGACUUAAUCUGGACAUGCUGCGUCCCCCUACAUGCCGCCCUCAGCCGCUCCCUCCCCUCCUCACCCCGUUGUCCCUCAGUUCUUCCCCCCCACUACUGACUGCACUACGAAUCAGGGAGGCUCUAGUUUGAGACGUCGACAAAUCAUGCACUGAGGGUUUAAUUUUGUUUUGGAGAGGGUGGGGACUGUUGCCUUGUAUCUCAUUUGAAAAUUUACAGUAGAGUUUAUUUCUUCUUAGUUUAUUUUUGAGGGGGUAUUUUUGCACUUUGGCAUUUCUCGACUGAGGAAGAGGAGGUUUCCUUUUUGCUUCCACCAGCCUCUCCUCCUCCUCCUGCUCCUGCUCUUCUUCCCACUCCCUCUCAAUCCCGACCCCCGUGUUUGACAGCAAAUCUUAAGUUCCACUAUCUCGCUGAGCAUGACAACGUAGAGAAGUAGCCGGCGUUCAGCAUGUGCAUAGGAAAACAAGGACUGGGUUUGGGCCGAUCUGGAUCAAUCGUGAUUGAAACACUGCCUACGAGCCAGUUGAGACUGGAGUGAAAAUGCCAAAUGUCUCCGAUCAGUUGCAGAGUGAUAUUUUUUCAGAGCAAUUUGCGAGUGGAAACUUCAAUCUGUGCUGUUGUGACCAUCGGCUCGAAGGGGGGGGGGGGGGCAGGGGUCGGCAGGGUCGAAACGCUUGCCAGUCAUUUGUUGUGUGAGAGCGAUAAAGUCCAGCUUUUCUCAUUUUCUAUGAGAACUCUAGCUAGUUGAAUUUCUAUGUACAUAUAUAAAUAUAUAUUAAAACUGUAAAGAAAAAAAAAUACUUUAGCAAAUGCUGUUUGACUUCAAAGAAGAAACAAAGUUGAAUCAUUUGAUUGGUAUUGAUGCAGAGGUUUAUAUUCUUUAUGAGGACAAAGUACUUUUAAAUUCCAGAGAAAACAAAAAGACUUGAGGCACCGUGUUUUCCCUAAACGAAUCCUCGUCUGUUGAUGAACAGAGUCAGUCAUUUCUAGUAUUGAAGUUUUGAUUCUCUCUCUCAUCCCCCCUCCCUCACCAAGAAAAUACAGUAUUUUCCUUUCUAUAUCUUAAUCCAUCAUUUGAGACAGUUCCAUCCAGAAUUUCCCCACAGGCUAUUUUUGGCAUAUUGUAUACAUCAUGAGGCUUUUGAUGGACAUUUUCUUCCACCACUGCCUAAUAUUGCAUUCAACCAGUUCAGUUGGAAAUAUGUACGAUUCGUGCAAUAAACAAAAAGACAGUGCUCUUGAUGUCGCA